AUUGAUAUUUACUAGGGGUGCGCAAUAUAUUGUAAGCUGCGUGAGUAGAUACAACCAUCCUGCUAAUUCUUUCCUCGAAGCAAUCACGUAGUUCGGUUUGAAGAGUUAAAAGCCGCUGAACAAUAUAAUUUAUACUUCGACCUCAUUGCUCACAGUGGAUGAUGGUAUUUUCUUUCUGAUAUCCGUGGGCUACGGUAAACAUUUAAACCAGGUGGACCGUGAGUUCGUUCGCUCAUCUAUCCAAAACAACAAAAGUAUGUGCAAUCUUUAAUAUCAUUCACUGGUUUGUGGUGUACUUAAUUAAUCUAAGUCUGUGAAUAGAAUAGAUUUGAGUCAACAGUCAAAGACUAAAGCAAAAUCAAAAAUCAAUUUCAACUAAUCUAUGGUAAAAGUACCAAAAAAAAUCUAUGGUAAAGGUGCUUUGAUUGAGGUUGGAUUGUUCUGAAAAAUAAGAUCUUAAACGCUUCCUAGUUCGUACAGAACUAUACUAGUACGAUAAUUUAUUUACCAAAAAAAAUCGUUUUUCAAAUUAAAUCCAUAUUGUCUAUAACAUGCUUAUGGAUUUGACCGAUGAAUUAGAAUUAAGCGAUAGCGGAAUGGAGUCUUUGACUACGAGCAAAGAUGAUACCCCUGAAAGAAGGCCUGAACAAUAUUUCAUAACCCCCUCGGUGGGGUCAUCGCCCACUGCUGGAUCUCCUAGUGGACCUUUGAAAGAGUACGACGAUGAACCAGAUGAAACUCUUUCUGAAAGAUUGUGGGGUCUGACCGAAAUGUUCCCAGAGUGUGUAAGGAAUGGCACAUACACAGUUACAACAAAUACAUGGUCUGGUAUCAAAGGCCUGUAUGGUCUAUCACGCUCAGUAAUGUGGGUUGUUGCCAGUUCAUCGGUAAUAUUGUUUGCUCCUGUCAUAUUUGAGGUAGAAAGAGCUCAAGUAGCCGAAAUGGAAAAGUCACAACAAAAACAGGUGUUAUUAGGGACAAACACAGCUAUGGCAGGACCCAUGCCUGCGAUGCCACCAAUGCCACGAUAAAUUACGUUUAUCUCACAGAAUAAGCAAUCAUUUACAUAUUGACUUAUCUCAUGUUAAACACAAUAAUGUUGUUCAGCAUUCAUAUCAAAAUAAAGUGAUUUUAGAAUUUUAAUGAAUAAUAUGCAUUAGAAAAAUAAAAGUUAACUAAACUUUUUGUAUUAUUUGGUAUUAAAUAAAUCAACUAAUAUUCAAACAAUGCCCAUAAUAUCACAUAUGUAAGGAUUUAUGUGUGAUUUUUUUCACUUUGUUUUUAUUCAUACAGAAAUACCAAAUGAAUAUAUUCCUUUUAUUCUCUCAUGAACUUUGGGUCACAUUAAUUUAUGAAUGCUGAAUGACUAAUUUGCAUGCUUUAAUCAAUAAUUUUAGUGUAUUAGUCUAAAUAAAUAUGUACCUAUAAAAUUCUAGUUCAUUUCAUUUGACAAAAUAAGUACUGAUGUUUAAUUAAAUGCAUUUAAUCUAUUGUAUUGAAUUUGUUUUCAGUUCUUGCUGUUUAAUUUCUAUAAUUCUAUAUGUAGGAAUAUCGAAUAUUUGCAUUCUCCUGUGUUUUAUGUUAAUGGGUGUUGAUAAUAAUAAACUAUAUGUAGGAGUGUCACUGGUCUUUAAAUAGAUAUUGCUUAAUCACAGGUUAUUAUUUUGUGAAUGUAGAUAAUGCUUUGUUAUUGAAAUAGAAGUUGUUACUAGU